UUUCCAGGUCUCCUCUCCCGGUGAACCGGAUGCGCCGUCAGUUUUCUCCUCAGCGUCCUCCGCUGGUUCCCCGCACCCCGGCGAGGCCGUAGGCAUCCACGGGGGCACGGGCAGGGGGCUCCCGGAGGCUGGCCUGGCAGGUAUAGGGCGCCGGUAGGAGCUGGGCGCGCACGGUUACCGCGCGUGGAGGAGACACUGCCCUGCGGCGAUGGGUGCCAGGGGCGCUCCUUCACGCCGGAGGCAGGCGGGGCGGCGGCCGCGGUAUCUCCCCACCGGGAGCUUUCCCUUCCUCCUCCUGCUGCUGCUCCUGUGCAUCCAGCUCGGCGGAGGACAGAAGAAAAAGGAGAAUCUUUUAGCCGAGAAAGUAGAACAGCUGAUGGAAUGGAGUUCCAGGCGCUCAGUCUUCCGAAUGAAUGGUGACAAAUUCCGAAAAUUUAUAAAGGCACCACCUCGAAACUAUUCAAUGAUUGUUAUGUUCACUGCUCUUCAACCCCAGCGCCAGUGUUCUGUGUGCAGACUAGCUAAUGAAGAAUAUCAAAUAUUGGCUAACUCCUGGCGCUAUUCAUCUGCCUUUUGUAACAAACUCUUCUUCAGUAAAGUGGACUAUGAUGAGGGAACAGACAUUUUUCAACAGCUCAACAUUAACUCCGCUCCUACGUUCAUGCAUUUUCCUCCAAAAGGCAGACCCAAGAGAGCUGAUACUUUUGACCUUCAAAGAAUUGGAUUUGCAGCUGAACAACUAGCAAAGUGGAUUGCUGACAGAACGGAUGUUCAUAUUCGUGUCUUCAGGCCACCCAACUACUCUGGCACCAUUGCUUUAGCCUUGUUGGUGUCACUUGUGGGCGGUUUGCUCUAUUUAAGAAGGAACAACUUGGAGUUCAUCUAUAACAAGACUGGUUGGGCCAUGGUGUCUCUGUGUAUAGUCUUUGCUAUGACUUCUGGCCAGAUGUGGAAUCACAUCCGUGGACCACCAUAUGCUCAUAAAAACCCACACAAUGGACAAGUGAGCUACAUUCAUGGGAGCAGCCAGGUCCAAUUCGUGGCAGAGUCACACAUUAUUCUGGUACUAAAUGCGGCUAUCACCAUGGGGAUGGUUCUUCUAAAUGAAGCGGCAACAUCCAAGGGAGAUGUUGGAAAAAGACGGAUUAUUUGUCUCGUGGGAUUAGGCCUGGUGGUCUUCUUCUUCAGCUUUUUACUUUCAAUAUUUCGUUCCAAGUACCACGGCUACCCUUACAGUGAUCUGGACUUUGAGUGAGAAGAUGAGAUUUGGACCAUGGCACUUUAAAACUGUAACCUCAGCUUUUUAAUUAAGUGAAGCCGAGUGGGAUUUGCAUAAAGUGACUGUUGACCAUGAAGACAAAGUGUCCCAGACAUACUAGUUCCAAUUCUCAAGUCCAUUUCCUUGCUGAUUGUGAUAAUCCAGCUGUUUCUUGUACAAUUUUUUUUUUAAUGUGAGUUUUCCUAGUAAACUUAAUUUAUAGAGAUGGAUGGUUAAAUUUAACAUGGAAAGAACAAAGGCAACACUGAAGAGUUUUUCCAGCAAAUUAUAGUCUGUGUAUGCUAUAGAUCGAAAUAAACAAUGUAAUUAUGAAUUCAUGCUUUUAAGCUGUUCACUCAUUAGUAAAGAAAACUAUAAUGUUAGUAAAGGAGAAACUAUGAAAUGUAUCCUCAACAAUUCUCGGGAUUGUACAGAGAUAGGUGUAUGCAUGAAAAUAUGUCAUGUAUUGAAACCUUAUACUUUCCUCAGUCUCAGUAUAAAGGAUGUGUAUGGUUACAAA